GCGAUGGAACACCUGCUGGUAACUAUGGCUAUACCAAUAGUGGAUACAGUGUUUAUGAAGAAGAAAAUGAAAGGUUAACAGAAAGUCUGCGUACAAAAGUCAGUGCCAUUAAAUCACUUUCCAUUGAAAUUGGAACAGAAGUUAAAAACCAAAAUAAAAUGUUAUCAGAAAUGGAUAAUGAUUUUGACUCUGCGGGUGGACUUCUAGGUGCGACUAUGGGCAGGCUGAGAACACUCUCCAGAGGAAGCCAGACAAAGCUGUUGUGCUACAUGAUGCUCUUUGCAUUGUUUGUUUUUUUUGUACUGUACUGGAUUAUUAAACUGAGGUGAUGCAUGUUAACUUUGGUUUAAAUUGCAUAAUUUCAACUAUAAAGCAGUCUUAAUUAAUGAAGACAUUGAUCUAAAGUGGCAUAUUCUGUUGAUAAAACACAGUGAAAUUGUUGUAAAAUGCAUUAACUGUUAAUGCAAUGUUAUAUAUAGUUUUCUUAAUGUAUCAGAAUCUUUACCAUCAUCCCCUAUUUUGGGGGGGAUCAUUUGUAAAUAUGCAGAAACUGCUAGCAUAGUAGAUUGCUUUUUU